CUUCCGGCUGCAGAGCCCUCCCCGAGCCGGCCGGCACAGGAGCUCAUCCCCUGGGAGGGGCCGUGCUGCUCCCCCCGUUAUCUGCCCGGGACACCCCCGCGGCUGCGCCGGCUCUUGUCCUCCCGCCCAGCCCCGCGCUCGGCACAGCCCGGGAUGUCCCAGCGCUCGGCGUCUGCUCGACCACCCGCUCCCCCGUGAGCCCCCGGGCGCUCGGUUCCUGCCCGGGCUCAGGUCACGGCCUCGCCGACAACGCGGGGCCAGAUCCGGCAGCUCUGGGGAGGGGUGGAGAGGCUUGGGCUGAGGAACAACAGGAUGCCGGCUCCUCGAGCUGGGAGAUGAUGGACUGAGCACCCCUUGCAGAGGCACCCCAGGGCCAUGAGCUCCCCGUGCGGCCCUGACUCGGAUAUCGCAGACUGGCUGGCCACCAUCCACUUGCAGAGGUACCGGGAUGUCUUCAAGCAGCACGGCUACCACGUGGCCAGAGAUGCCGCCUCGCUGGACGGGCACGACCUGCAGCAGCUCGGCAUCACCGCCACCGGGCACCGCAAGAGGAUCCUCAGCCUGGCGCAGCAGACGCGGGUGCUGAGUCAACCCCACACAGGACGCGCAGCAGGAGACACCCCUUCCCGAGCCACGGAGGCCCUGGAUGCCCCCCAGGCGGGCAAGGAUGCCAUGAAAGCACAGCCAGGAGGGACUACCGACACCUUUAGGACACAGCAACGUGUUGCUGCGCCCAGCCAGGCAUCGCCUGUAGAGAAGGACCCUGCUCCUCCCGUCGCCAAGCCGGUCCCCAAGCCGAGGACGGUUUUCCCUCGCUCAAAGCCCGAGCAGGGGUUGGUGCCCGUGCCACCAGCACGCUCCACAGUGCCAGCACGCGGCCCGGGCAGCGGCAGGGCACCUGCAGCCUUUGUGGUACUAGAGGGGUUUGUGCCGGGGGAGAGCUCCACGGAUUUGGAGCGCCCGGAGCCCAGGCCAGCCCCGCCGGCUGAUCCAGGGGCAGCCGCGGCCAUGGGUGUGAUAACAUCCCGACUGCGAGCUCGGGAGAGCCCUCGGGAGGAGACACGGCCGUCCCCAGCUCCGAAUCAUGGACAAACCUUGGAGCCGUCGGAGAAAUCCCCCCCGUCCGUGCCGUCUGUCCCACCACGGCACAGCCACAGGGUCCUGGCAGCUGAGCCCAGCCCUGGGAACGUGCCGGAGGGUCACCCCCGCUGCCACCCUCCCCUGCUCGCCGCAGCCGCCCCAGCCAGGAGAGAUCCCUCGCCGUGCCCCAGGGCAGGAGCAGGGCAGGGCCGGCUGGAGAUGGUGUCCAAUGUCAUCUACGAAGGACUGGAGCGCCCGGCAGCACCCGCUGAGGACUCGGGAGGGGAGGAUGGUCCCCAGGGUGAGGUUCUCCCUCAGCCCCCGGCUCUGUCCCCGCAGGAGCUGACCCAGCCGGAUGACAAGCCUGACAGUCCUGCCUGGCCCAGCGGGGCCCUGCCCCCCAUCCCACAGAGACCCACCGGCAAGCCAGAGGUGAACGAGCAGCCCGUCAGCCCCUACAGCGAGACCAUCUUCGGGCACAUAGCCCCAUCCCGGGACCUGAAGGGUGUUGGCAUCUCCGCUGGCCAGAGCUAUGAGGCAGUGUCCGAGCUGGACCUCGAGCGAGAAGUCCGCAGCCCCAUGUGCCACAGGACAAGCAGCGAGUGCAGCAGCGAGGGACGGAGCGAGGACGAGGAGACCCGGAGCCGGCUCAUCGACCGCAUCGUCCAGAACGACACCGAGGGCUAUUCCACCGUGGAGGCACCGCGGGCCGAGGGGGCCCCCUUCAGCCUCCCAGCCCAUCUCUACCCAGACGAGGUCCUGGACGACCUCACCAUCUCCCCCUACGCCAGCUUCACGUCGCUCUCCGAGCCCCGGCCCACCAUGCUCAGUGGCUGGCUGGACAAGCUCUCCCCACAGGGGAACUAUGUCUUCCAGAGGCGCUACGUCCGUUUCGACGGGAAGAACCUGAUGUACUUCAGCAGUGAGAAGGAGCCCUACCCCAAGGGGGUGAUCCCGCUGUCCGUGAUUGAGAUGGCUCGUUCCAACAAGGACAACAAGUUCCAGGUUGUCACCAGCCAUCGGAUCUUUGUCUUCCGUGCUGAGAACGAGGCCCAGAGGAAUGAGUGGUGCUCCACGCUGCAGAAGAAGGUGAUGGACCAGCGCCUGGUGGGGUCCCGACCCCGGCCCGCCAACACCGCUCACUGCCAGAAGUCGGGGACCCUGGAGCUGAAGGGCCAGAAGUCCAAGGUGUUCGCAGCCCUGAGCCUGCCUGAGAUGUGGCUGUACAAGAGUGAGCAGUUCUUCAAAAUGGGCAUUGGCAUGUUCUUCAUUGAGAUGCGUGGCUCCACCAUCCGCGAAGCCAAGAACCGCAGCUUCGAGCUCAUCACCCCCUCCAAAACGUUCAGUUUCGUGGCGGAGUCGGAGCGGGAGAAGCGGGAGUGGAUGGAGGCGCUGCAGGAGGCCAUGGCUGAGAUGCUCUAUGACUACGAGGUGGCAGAGAAGAUCUGGUCCAACAAAGCCAACAAAUACUGUGCAGACUGCUGGGCUCAGAGUCCCGACUGGGCAUCCAUCAACCUCUGCGUGGUCAUCUGCAAGCAGUGUGCAGGGCAGCACCGCAGCCUGGGCUCCAACAUUUCCAAGGUGCAAAGCCUGAAGCUGGACACCAGUGUCUGGUCCAACGAGAUCGUACAGCUCUUCAUCGUGCUGGGAAACGACCGAGCCAACCGGUUCUGGGCCGCUCGGCUCCCGGCGAGCGAGGCCAUCCACCCGGACAGCAGCGCCGAGCAGAGGCGGGAAUUCAUCUCCCGCAAGUACCGGGAGGGCCGGUACCGCCUGCCCCAUCCCCACUGCCCCACCCAGGAGGACGUGCUCCAGGCACUGUGCACUGCAGUGGCAGGACCAACCCUCCUCAAGACCAUCCUGCAGUUCUUCUCGUCCUCAGAGGCUGGUCUGGCAUCUGACCCUGCUGCCAGCGAGGGGGCCCCAGGGGCUGACCUUUGGUGGGGAUUGGAGAGCAAAAGGCCCAGGAACCUUUCAGGGAGCCCCCGCACACGGGAACCGGGUCCGGAGGGCGUCUACAACGAGAUCACACAGCCAGUGACACACAGCGGGUACCUGCACCGGGCCACGGCCCCCCCAAAGCUCCCAGGUGCCAAGAAGAGCAAAGAGGACUUCCAGCGCACGUGGUGCUCCCUGGAGAGAUCCCUGCUCUUCUUUGAGACAGAGAAAUGCACUGAGCCCCUGGGCCACAUUGAGAGUGGGGACCUCCUCUCCCUGGGUGUCAGCAGAGCUCAAGCACUCACCAGCCCCUGCCCCACCGAAAGGUUUCGCUUCACUCUCGAGCUGUUCCUUGCUGGGGAAAAAGUGCAGCAGCUGGGAACUGAUGGGCCUGAGACCCUGCAGGCCUGGGCCAGUGCCAUCGGCAAGUGGUUCACACCCAUGAGCUGUCACUGCCUGCUGGGCUACGAGUUCCAGCGCGUGGGCCAGCUGCGCUACAAGUGCAUGCUCAACCCUGAGAGGUGGCAGCAGGCCUUCUUCAUCCUCCAGAAAGCUCACCUCUUCAUCUGCCCCGCCGAGGAGGACGGGGCUGAGGACAGCAUCAACCUGCGGCGGCUGCAGGAGCUCAGUCUGGUUCCCCCCACGGAGACUCCAGACAAGAAGGAGAUGCUGAUCCUGGUGGAGAUGGGGAGGACAUUUUACCUGCAGGGCUUGUCACGGGUGGACUCGGCAGCGUGGUACACGGACAUCCAGGCCUCGGCAGGGGGCCGGGGCAACGCGCUGCGGGACCAGCAGCUGAGCCGGGGGGACAUCCCCAUCAUCGUGGACAGCUGCAUCGCCUUCAUCACCCAGUACGGGCUGCGGCACGAGGGGAUUUACCGCAAGAACGGAGCCAAGUCGCGGAUCAAGGUGCUGAUGGAGGAGUUCCGGCGGGACGCCCGCAACGUCAAGCUGCGCAUCAACGACAACUUCAUCGAGGACGUCACUGAUGUCCUGAAGAGGUUCUUCCGCGAGCUGGAAGAUCCCAUCUUCACCCUGGAGCUGCACCCGCAGUGGAAGGAGGCUGCAGAAAUCCCCUCGAAGCCCCAGCGCCUGGAGCGGUACAAGGAGCUCAUCCAUCGCCUGCCCCGCCUCAACCACAAGACCCUGGCUGCGCUCAUCGGGCACCUCUACCGGGUGCAGAAAUGUGCAGACCUCAACCAGAUGAGCACCAAGAACCUGUCGCUGCUUUUCGCUCCCAGCCUCUUCCAGACCGACGGCAAAGGGGAGCACGAGGUCAAGGUGAUGGAAGAUCUCAUCGACAACUACGUUAGCAUCUUCAAUAUUGACGAGGACCAGGUAUCCCAGAUGGAUCUGGAGAACAGCCUGAUCACCACCUGGAAGGACACUCAGCUCUCACAGGCAGGUGACCUCAUCAUCGAGGUUUACCUGGAGCAGAAGCUGCCCGACUGCUGUGUCACCCUGAAGGUGUCCCCCACGAUGACGGCCGAGGAACUCACCAACCAGGUGCUGGAGAUGCGCAACGUGGCAGCCAGCCUGGACAUCUGGCUGACCUUCGAGGCACUGGAGAACGGGGAGCUGGAGAGGCCCCUGCACCCCAAGGAGAAGGUGCUGGAGCAAGCUUUGCAGUGGUGCAAGCUCCCGGAGCCCAGCGCCGCGUACCUGCUGGUGAGGAAGGUCCCCAUUGGCGAGGGCAGCUGUCUGUUCACAGGUGUCAAGCGUGAGAGCCCCAAGUGUGGGCUGCUGAAAUGCCGUGAGGAGCCCCCCAAGCUGCUGGGGAACAAGUUCCAGGAGCGCUACUUCGUGAUCCGGGACCGGAGGCUGCUGCUGCUCAAGGAGAAGAGGAGUUCCAAGCCAGAACGGGAGUGGCCCCUGGAUGCAGCCAAGGUUUACAUGGGCAUUAAGAAGAAGCUGAAGCCACCAGCCCAGUGGGGUUUCACACUGACCCUGGACAAGCAGCAGCUGUGCCUGGUGUGCUCGGGGCAAGCUGAGCUGUGGGACUGGACCACCAGCAUCCUCAAGGCUCAGCACGACGACCGGCACCCCGUGAUCCUGCGCCGACGCUCCUCCUCCGACCUCGCCAAGCAGAAGUUUGGCACGAUGCCACUGGUGCCCCUGCAUGGGGACAGCACCGACGCCACCAUGCUCUCUGCCAACCAGACCCUGCGCCGCCUGCACACACGAAGGACUUUGUCCAUGUUCUUUCCCAUGAAGAUUCACCAGGACUCCCUGGAGGAGCAGCAGGAGAAGGAGGUGGACGCUGAUCCUGUGUACGAGGAGGUGGGGAACUUCCCCGAGCUGGCCGUGCUGGACCUGGGGCAGGGGCUGCUGGCAGACCUGUCGGCCGUGCCCCCCGUGGACAGGUCCAAGAAACCAGCCCCAUUCCCUGAGCAGCCCCCAGCCACCCCACUGCGCUCCUCGCUGCCUGCCAGCCCGGCCCAGAGGGUGACAGGUCCCUCUGUCACCAAAGCCGUGUCCCUCGAAAGGGGCUUGAACCUGGAGAGCGGCAAAGCUCCGACCCAGGGGCUCAGACCCACCAAAACAGCCUCUCUGGAGAGGAAUGUGGAGCCUUCCCUGGCGCUGGACAGGGACUGGGAGCAGGCAGCCACACCGGGGAGCAGUCCUGGUGCAGAGAGCUCCCUGGAGCUGCCCAGGAAGAGGAGCCUGCAGCCUCCCUCGCCCAUCAAUGACAAACUCAUCCAGGAGCUCAGCAGCGUCAUCCUCAGGAAGAGCGAUGGCCAAACCCCGGGGCCGGGCCAGCCGGUGACGUGAGCCGUGACCCGCCGGGCCAGAGGGGCAGCCACGGACCUGGGUGGCAGCGAUGAUGGGUCCCCCACGCUCCCACAUCACGGAAUCCACACUCUCCUCCUCCUCACACUGGAGCCGGGCAAGGAUUGGGGACUGGUGGCCACCAAGGGACUAGUGGAGACCGGCAUGCUGAGCCCUGGUACCCCCUCCUGGGUGGACUGGGGAUGCUGCCACACGUGCUCUCACUCACGAGUGGCACAUCUGUCAUGGAGCCCAGCACCGAGGGAAGCAAGUAAAAGGGAAAAUGAAAGUGGAAACGUGGUGCCUGCAUGUUUUGGCAGCACUGCACCGUGUCAGGCAGGGAGGCACACGGUGUCUGCCAGCACGGGGGGACACAGCAUGUCCCCUCUCCAGCACUGGGCCCAUGGGGCAGGGUCAGGACACCCAAGUCACUCCCCCUUCCCUUCUUGUAUUUACUGUGGCAUAUUUUGGUGGGGGGGCAACAGGAGCAGGGCUGGCCGUGUGUGCCCAGCGUGUAGUCCGGCAAUGGAGGACAGCCCCUGCUCAGGGAGGGGGUUUAUACCUGUUCCUGCCACCAGCAGGGAGAAAUAAAGGUUUAUUUGUACUCUG